AUGGUCGCCAUUCUCGUUGCUGUGAUUGUGGUGGCGGUCAUUCUCAGUGGACAUCGAGGCCACCAAGCAAACGCAGAGCCUGUGCCGGAGCCUGAUGACGACCACAAAUCACCGAUCAGAGGCGCAAUACCGUCUAACUUCCCCGAUCCGAGUCUCUACUACGAAAAGGGCACGUGGUAUGCCUUCGCGACGACCAAUGCUGCGGGCGUCCUUGAUUACCCCGAUGAUUCCAACAACGCAAGUCGCUACACGCUGGACUUUGGACUCGCCAACAUUCAGAUGGCAACCUCCAGCAACUUCGCGGAUUGGAACCUGGCUUCUCUCGCUGAUCAGCCACUGCCAGCGACUGGCAACUGGACGAUGGGUGCACAUCACAAGACAGACAAGCCUCACAUAUCUAGUACAUGGGCUCCAGCUGUGAUCAAGCGCGCAGAUGGCAAGUUCGUGAUGUACUACGCUGCCAUCCCUAGGGGGGCGAACCCGUACCCUCAUCGUGAAAAUGACGGCAAGAUCUCCUUCCCGCACCCACAUCCUCACUGCGUAGGAGCAGCAGUUUCGACUGGUACAUCGCCCGCAGGACCCUACGAGGCACUGGACGAUUACCUCGCCUGCCCGAAACCCGAAGGUGGAGCGAUCGACCCUGAGGUUAUGAGAGAUGCAGAUGGAAAGAUCUGGGUUACUUACAAGGUUGACGGCAAUAAUAUUGGCCAUGGAGGUCCCUGCGGCAACACAGUCCAACCAAUUUUACCGACCCCGAUCAUGCUGCAACAGAUGGAAGACGACGGCGUCACCAAAGUCGGCGACCCAGUCCAGAUCCUCCAAAACAACAACUCCGACGGACCUCUGAUCGAAGCACCAAUGCUCAUCAGAUCACCAGAAGGCGUCUACUUCCUCUUCUACUCAUCAGGGUGCACGCGCGAAAACACCUACGUGGUGAAGUACGCCACUUCGAGAGACAUCAAAGGACCGUACACUCGAGCUAAGGGCACUCUUCUCAAGACUGGCGACUGGGGCCUCGAAGCACCAGGAUCCAUCGGUAUCGUCGAGGACGGCCAGGAUGGGUGGAACAUGGCCUUUCACGCUCGAGUCAACUACGGCCAAGUCGGUCGAGUCCGCGCGAUGUUCACUACCAAGCUGAAGUUCGACGACACGAAGGUCACGAUGGUCCGCGACGACAGCACCAUUAGAGCGUCAUGA